AUGAUGAAGAGGAGCGGAGGGGGACCACGAACACGUCAGUACCAGCUGCACCACGAAGACGUGGAGGACCAGUUCACACACUUCCCAGUCAGCCCGGGACUGGGCUACCUAUUCAAAUCGGAGAGCGCUCUAAAUAAUGUCAAUGCCAAAAGCUCUCAGGCCAGCACACGGGUCCAUCCGAGUCAUCACCACAGGCUAACCUGGCCGGGGUCAGAGGACCCCGCUGUAGAGCAGCCUCCGCACCAAGGGGGCCUCGGACGCCUGGACCAGGGGGAGCCCUCCUCUACCCACCGCACAGAAGAGGGAAUUUCGCAAAGGCCACCACCGGACGUGAGCGGAGAGGGUGCCUACUUAACCCCACAGCACGGGACUGAGGAGGAAACCUGCAUUCACGGCAACAGCCUACGGAGACUGGGCAGGGCAAAACCCCUACUGCAGAAAAUCUUUCAAAGCAGUGAGGCUGUGGCCAUCUAUGGCGUCAUCGUGGCAACUGUGAUUAGCAACCUGGCUGAGCCUUUCAGUGCCACUGACCCCCAGGCCACUGCACAUCGAAACUACCAUGCAGGCUACUGCACGUUUGGGGCUGGCCUCACGGUGGGCCUGUCUAACCUCUUCUGUGGAGUCUGCGUGGGCAUCGUGGACAGUGGAGCUGCCCUGGCUGAUGCACAGAACCCCAGCCUCUUUGUAAAGAUUCUCAUCGUGGAGAUUGGCAGCGCCAGUGGCCUCUUUGGGGUCACUGUUGCAAUCCUGCAGACCUCCAGAGUGAAGACGGGUGGCCAGAUGAUCUGUAUGGUGGGGCCGUGUCCCACUGUUAUUUGUGGUUUUCCUGGGACAGCUGGCCUUGCAGGGGGCUUGGUGUUCAAGGGCCCUCCCUGCACUCACUCAUUUGUCAACUUGGAGGCGCUGCCUGGCUGGAGCCUCAGUGGGGGAAGCGGGUCACUGAUGACCAUGCGCAGCUGUGCACCUGUGUCCCAACUCCACCCCAACCCAUUUUCCCGGUGUUUGUGAAAUAAACGUGGUAUUUGUCUGGGUCAAAAAAAAAAAAAAAAAAAACACCUUUUAGAAUGAAUCACCACAGGGCACCUGGGUGGCUGUCAUUAAGCAUCUGACUUUGGCUCAGGUCAUGAUCAC